GACCGUUGCAAACCCAUUAUCCUCCAACUCUCCACGUAUCUUGAAGCUGUCUCAUUCGAUCAAAGGAGAUUUUUCCCUUCUACUCUUCCCAAACAACAACCCGGAAAGAAUCCCUCCUCCGAGAUAGCAAUGGUGAGCGAUGAACCGAAACAGAGUCCAUCGGAGCAAAGGCAAUCAGACCCUGUUGAAACUGGCCAAAACGUUGAGGGUUUGUUCAGUCCAAGAUUUAAAUCUUUGGCUGCCAUGGCUGGUUGGGAUGAGGAAUCCAUCCUUAUUGCCAGCCUUAUAGUAGAAGACACUCCUGAUCGACAGUUUAAGCACAAGAAACGCUCUGAUUUGCACUUCAAAACUCCACCAUCCGCCAGUUCAAGAAGAAAACGCAGAGCCCAGAGAAAGAGUCCAAUUUUGAUUUCUGUCCCCGCUAUUAGCCUUGAAGAAGAAGAGUUACCUGAAAAACAAGAGAAUCAUCAGAAGGAAAAAAAAGAAAUUGUGGCUAAGGAAGAACGUAAAACAGAAGGAGAUGAAUUGAAGAAAGAUGAUUCUGCUGUUUCUUGCUCGAAUUCAGUCUUUCCUUGCAUGGAUAAGCUCAGAGAAGAGCUUUCUUGUGCAAUUUGUUUGGAGAUUUGCUUUGAACCUAGUACCACUACUUGUGGACACAGUUUCUGUAAGAAAUGCUUAAGGUCUGCUGCUGAUAAAUGUGGAAAGAAAUGUCCAAAAUGCAGACAGCUAAUAAGCAAUGGAAGAUCUUGCACUGUAAACACAGUUCUUUGGAACACAAUACAGCUUCUUUUUCCAAAAGAAAUUGAAGCAAGAAAAGCGGCUGGGGUCUUGAAUACUCGAGAAGCCCAACACCAAACCCUGGAAACAAGAUCCAAUACUGGUGUGAGAAGCUCAAGCAUUCGCCCUUCCAGGAUCCAAGUUUCCAGGGGAAGAGAGGAACUGAACCAAGAUGAAGAUCUUACACUAUUAUUGAGUAGAGAUACAAGUGGAAGGAACAGAAGAGGGACACUGAGCCAAGAUGAGGAUGCUGAAUCUGCACAAAGCUUGCCACGAGAAGAUCUUGCAAGGUUAUUAAGGAGAGAUGCAAGUGGAAGGAGAAGAAGAGGGACGCCUAGACCUGGCCAAGAUGAGGAUGCUGCAUUAGCUCUAAGGCUGCAGAGGGAAGAGUUUAUGGAGGCUUUUGGAGGAGGACACCAUGCACAUUCAGGAAGCUCACUUUCCAUGGCUAGAUCAAACUUGAGAGCUAUGGCGUCAAGAGCUAUCAACAUUCGUAUGAGAAGCCGGCCAAUAUAGUUCUACUGCUAAUUAAAUCUGGAUGAACAUAGUUUAAUUUCCCACAAGCUUCUACUGAUAGUUAUCUGUUUUAUUUUUUGUACCAAUAUUUGGAAUCGGCUACGAAAUUCAUGCUUCUGGCUUGAAUAAUUCAAGGAUGGCCUUUUUUU